CUGUCCUGCAAAAUGUCAGGAAUGCUGCGCAAAAAUCUCAUCAGUGUCCCGGCAGCCGCCGCGGCAGGAUGCAGCGGCAGAGGGAGGAACGCGGCGGAAAGGAAACGCGGUGUUGCCUUACCUCCGCGCGCGGCCUGGCCUGCGUGCACGCACACCUCCUGCUCUCUCCUCGCUGCUGCAGGCAGGGCGCAGGGACAGGAGGACCCAUGUCUCCAGGUCUCCCUCUUUGCGUGUGGAAGCGGUCACAGCUCCUCCAAGGCAAAGAGUCCCCCCGGUCUGCGUCCAGCUGCGUACAGAUCACCUCUCCUCGCUCGUUCAGUCGGAUGGCCCCUAUCUCCUGCGUAUGAAGAGACCGUGAUCAGUCACUCCCUGUCCGCCCUGCUCAGGCCGCUCGUGGUCUCCCCCAGGUGAGUCAGAGCCAGGCACACGCGCUCUUCCUGUUGGGAGUGACUCAGGUGGAGGAGCUGAUAAAACCGCCGGAAUAAAGAAAGCGAAGCGGACGGCGAGGCGGUCGCGAGCCCCCCCGCAGGCCUCCCGCUCCCCGGACCGGGCGCUUCGUGCCUUUUGAGCACCUGCACGGGCAGCUCCCGGGGCCCCGCGAUGGCUCUGUGCUGGCUCGUGGCUCUGAGCUGCCUCGGUGCGUCUCUUCUCCUGCCUGCAGCCCUCAGCACCAACAGGAGAGAAGGGCUGUCGUCGGCCGUCCUCCCGGUGUGCGACUGCAACGGGAUGUCCAGGCGGUGCGUCUUCGACUGGCACCUUCUGAGGGAGACGGGCAACGGGUACCGCUGCCUCAGCUGCCUGGGCAACACGGAGGGCGCCCGCUGCGAGAGGUGCAAGGAGGGGCACUUCCGCCGGCGGCGGGAGGACUGCUGCCUGCCCUGCCGCUGCCACCCGCAAGGUGCCCUGAGCCCGCGGUGCGACAGCGACGGCCGGUGCAGCUGCAAACCCGGAGUGAUGGGCAAGAAGUGCGACCAGUGCCAGCCGGGCUUCCACUCCCUCUCCGAGGCCGGGUGCCGGGGGAACGGGCAGAGUCUGCAAUGCGAGUGUGACCCAGCUGGCAGCACCGGCGAUUGCGUCUCGGGUCGCUGCGUCUGCAAGGCAAGCGUGACCGGGGAGCGAUGUGACAGGUGCAAGCAGAACUUCUAUAACUUGGAUGCAAGAAAUCCCACGGGAUGUUCCCCAUGCUUUUGCUACGGGCACUCAGCUGCGUGCGUCAGUUCUGAGAAUUACAGCGUCUAUAAAAUCACCUCCACUUUCCAGCAAGGCGCUGAAGGCUGGAGAGGUGUCCAUGAAAGCGGGUCCCCAGCCCAGCUCCAGUGGUCUCCACGCCAUCAGGACGUGUUUGUCGCAGCGAGGACAUCAGAACCUAUGUACUUCAUGGCACCUGCAAAAUUCCUUGGGAACCAGCAGCUGAGCUAUGGCCAAACCCUCUCCUUUGAUUAUCGUUUGGAUCGAGGGGGACGUCAACCUUCUCCACACGAUGUGGUCCUGGAAGGAGAUGGCCUGAGGGUCACUGCCCCCUUCUUGCCUCAUGGGAAGAUCCUGCCCUGUGGCGUCAGCGAGACAUACACAUUCAGGUUGGAUGAGCACCUGAGCAGCAAGUGGAGCCCAAGGCUGAAUUUCUUUGAAUACCGCAGGCUGCUGGGAAACCUGACAGCGCUCUGGAUCCGAGCCACGUUUGGAGAGUACAGCACAGGCUACAUCGACAACAUCACCUUGGUGUCGGCGCAGCCCGCGCCCGGAGCGCCCGCUCCCUGGGUGGAGCACUGCAGCUGUCCCGCGGGGUACCAGGGGCAGUUCUGCGAGCGGUGUGCUCCUGGGUACAGGAGAGAGGCUUCCAGCCUGGGGCCUUUUGGCAUCUGUGUGCUGUGCAACUGCCAGGGGGGAGGAAUUUGUGAUCCAGACACUGGUGAAUGUUACUCUGGAGAUGAAAACGUGGGCAAUAGUGUCAGCUGCCCAUUUGGCUCCUACAGAGACCCGCGGUAUCCCACGGCCUGUAGGCCCUGCCCGUGCGAAAGUGGUCAAAGCUGCUCCGUGACGCCAGGCGGAGAAGUUGUCUGUGAUGGCUGCCCUCCCGGAGCCACUGGUGCCAACUGCGAGUAUUGUGCCGAUGGCUAUUUUGGAGACCCCCCAGCUUCCAGGCCGUGCCAGCCCUGCCAGUGUAACAACAACAUUGAGCUCAAUGCCGUGGGCAACUGUGACCGCCAGACCGGUGAAUGCCUGAAGUGCAUCUACAACACAGCUGGCUUCUACUGUGACCGCUGCAAGGACGGCUUCUUCGGGAACCCCCUGGCCCCCAACCCCGCAGACAAGUGCAGAGCCUGCAACUGCAACUCGGUUGGUGCCGAGCCCCUGAAAUGCCAAAGUGAUGGGAGCUGCGUUUGCAAGCCUGGCUUUGAGGGCCCCAACUGUGAACACACCGAGUGUCCGGCCUGCUACAACCAGGUGAAAGCACAGGUGGACCUGUACUUGCAGCAGCUGCAGGAGCUGGAGCUGCUUUUCUCAGAGGUGCAGGCUGGCGGCGGGGUCAGGAGCGAGGAGCUGGAGGGGAAGAUGCAGCUGGCUGAGGAGACGCUGCGAGCCAUCCUCAGAGAAGCCUUGAGCCUACAAGCCUCUGACAAAUCUCUGGAAAGUCGCGUAUCCAGGAUGAAGGGGCAAGAGUCCAGUUACCAGAGCCGCUUGGAUGACAUCAGGGCAACAGUGGAGAGACUGAGGUUUCUUGGGAACCAGUAUGAGAAACAGGUGCAGGACACCCGGCGGCUGCUGGAGAGGGCCAGGGGGGACCUGGACCGAAGUGGAGCCACUCUGAGUAGAGUGACUAUUCCAGUUUCAGACUUUCCUGGAGGCUCAAAUAAGUUCCUGAUCCUGGCCCAGGAGGCUCUGAGAUUAGCCAACAGCCACAUGCAGGCAGCCAACACGAUUGAGCAAGCAGCAAAGGCGGCGCAGGAUGACUCGCAGCAGGCGCUGGAGCUGGUGCGCUCAGCUGUGAGCGGAGGGGCAGUCAUGUCAAGCUCCCUGCAAGGGCUGCUCGGGAAAUAUGAGGAGGUGAAAUCGCUGGCAGGAGGCCUGGAGGCUGAAGCCGACAGAACAGCCUCUGAGGCAGACAAGGCUUACCAGGGCAGCCUGAUGCUCCUCAGCUCCCUGUCCCGCUUGAUGAAGACUGACACUGGGUCCUUUGAGGGGGAGGCAGCCCGGCUGAAGCAAGGAGCAAACACUCUCCUGAGCAUGGUGGACACGUAUAUGGCAGAGUACAGGCAGCUGCAAAGCCGUACAGGCCGCUGGGAAGAAGAAAUCAAGCAGCUUUUGCAGAGAGGAGAAGGCGAGAGAGCGACAUGGACGCAGCUGCUAUCCCGAGCCAGCCUCGCCAGGAGCAUAGCCCAGGAAGCCGUGAGUGCUGGUAACGCCACGUUUUACGAAGUUGAGCAGAUUCUGAAGAGCCUCAGAGGGUUUAAUGUGCAAGCAGAUGACAAGCGAAGGGAAGCUGAAGAUGCUAUGAGGAGGCUACCAAUUAUCAGCAACAUGGUCACAAGUGCCAAGGACAAGACUGACCGAGCUGAAGCAGUCCUGGGCAAUGCUGCUUCCGAGUCAAAGACAGCCAGCAGCAUCGCAGCAGAAGCCAAGGAGAUCACCAGUGGGAUUCAGCAGGAGAUUGCGCGGCUGAAGGUGGAAACCAACAGGACAGCUGAUGGAGUCCUAGCCCUGGAGAAGGCAGUGGCCACCUUGCAGCGUGAGACCAAAGAAGUGGAUGGUGAAUUUGAAAGGAAGGUGUCAGAGGUUGAAGCGGAUGCCACUAUGAUACAGGAGACAACUCAGGAGGCUCAGAGUGCCCAUGCCAAGGCUGGCCAGGCAGGGGUGGCUGUGCAGGAGACGCUGAGCGCCCUGGAAGAGCUGCUGCGUCUGAUGGACCAGCCUGAUGCUGUGGAUGACAAAGACCUGAACCAGCUCGAACUGACUCUUCGUAAAGCAAAGACCAAGAGGAACCAAUUGAAGGAACAGGUGUUGGAGCUGGAGCAAACAGCCGCGCUGCAGAAGCUCCGGGUGCAGACACUGGAGAGGAGCAUUGAGGACAUCCUGGCAGAUAUUAAGAACCUGGAGGAUAUUCAGAGAAGUCUUCCUCCUGGCUGUUACAAUACAAAAGCCAUCGAACUACCUUGAGUGAGCUCUGGAAAGACUGCAGCGUAUGUCAGGCUGAAGACAGGAGAGCCUGGCCCAGUCGCUCUACCCAAACCUGGCAGGACCAGCCGCAUUUGAUUCUGUUGAAUUUAACCUUACACUUGAGUUCAACAUGACAGCUGAAGUUCACGUCAUCACACUGGUCCCAGAGAGUCCCUGAUUUCCAAAACUGUCCGUCCCUUGGUUACCGGAGGAAGGAGAUGCCUGGUUGCAUAAAGGUGCUACUGACUGAAGAAUAGCCCAUUCCUACAACAGCUCUUCCAAGGCAUAGAUGGGGGCUGCCUGGUGCCACACUUGGGAGUUCGCAGGCUCUCCACCCCCUUUGGAUCCCCUCUUCCGGUCUAGCACAGAUAGAGGGACUGAGUCUUUCCUUACUGUUGAUGCUUGCAUGACCUAGUCCUCCUCAUGUUCUCCUGCAGGUUCUUCCUUGCCUUUUGUAACUCAGUAGGUAGGGAAUGAGCAGAGUGUGAAAUGGGAGUUCAGGUGAGUUUCAAGCUAUGGAGCUGGUGAUAAUUCAUGUGGUUUCCCAGCAGGUCCAGUCCUGACCUCAGUGCCAGUGGUGCUGGAGCAGUUUUUGCUGUGGCUUAGACUAGUCAGUGUCAGAUGCCACUGUGACCCUUUUUGUAAAGCUGUAGGUCUUCCACAGUGCUCCUUGGUGAGGUGGUUACUGUUUUGCUAGAGGAAGAAGAAAAUGCUGCUUGGUUUUGAGCUCAGGGUGAUGUGCUAGAUGGAGGAAAGAGGGAGAUCUGACACUAGCAGGUUACUGGAGGGGUAGAGAAUUGGUAGGGUUCCUCAAAUGGGAAGUUCUUCCUGCUCCACCCCCUUCCUUUACCCUGCAAGAAAGGGCACCCCUUCUUCUUUCUCCUGCAUUUCUUUUUGAGCGUGUUGACUGACAGCCCUUGAAGGAUGGCUUUCUUGUCAAAGCUACUUUUUUGCAACAGCAAGUCUCCCUAGCAUCCCCUUAUACACACUCACACAUGUGCACACAACCCUUCCUUCCCAGUUUGGUACCGGGCAGCCUCCUGGGUGUCCCUGAGCCCAUGAAAACCAAGUUCCUGUCUCUUCUGCACAAGCACCAGAGAUCCAGCAGCACUCGUCACAAGAGCAGAGGCUUUCUUCCAGGGGUCACAGCCAAAAGUACUGGUGUUGGAGAGUUUGGGCCCAGCCUGGUGGAUUGCCAGCAACCUAAUUUGAUGUGUUUAAAAAACUGAAAAAUGUCUUAAGUGUUUCUCCACCUCUGGUUUGGUGCUGUCCAUUCCUUCCCCUCCCUCAUGUGUGGUGUUGGAUGUUCCACAGAGAAAACUCUAGCACUAAAGUAACUGUAUGCAGCAGAUUUUUGCUUGGGUUUUUCUACUAUAAAUCUCUCCUGAUGAGAGGUUGGAGGAACGAUGACAUUCCCUUCACUCAUCUUCUGUUUUCUUGUGGGUUCAGCUCCAUUUUGACACCGUUUCCAGCUUCCUUUUGACACCAGGGAAUAGAGCCUGGGGGUAGCAAACGCUGAGACUCAGCUCUGCUGAAGAGCCCUGACCUGGGUGGUGAUGAAAGAGGACUGGACUAAAGGAGGACUCUGAGACUAAAGGAGGAGGACACUUUGGGGGGAUGAGCUUAUCCCUUGUUAGCUCUGGUUCUCUGACAAAGCAGUGCCAAUGCUUUUGCUUGAUAAGGAUAUACUGAGUAAUUGCCUGUGUCAUGCUUUUAUUUAAGUGAUAUAUAUAUUUUUGCCUUUGGCAUAUUUUCCUUCUCCCAUUGUGCAGUAUAGGAUAGGUAUUGUGGAUGUGAUUUUAUUUUCCCUUGAGCUGGUUUUUUUCAAGGGGAAAAAGUCAAUAAAUAAUGAAUAUUUUUGGCUGGA